AUGCGUAUUCUUCCCAGAGAACAGGAGAAGCUCUUUCUUCACCAGGCUGGGUUUCUCGCUCAGAAACGCUUAGCACGUGGCCUGAGAUUGAACCAGACAGAGGCAACUGCUCUCAUUGCAUCACAACUACAAGAACGUAUUCGAGAUGGGCGCCAUAAUGUGACAGAAUUAAUGGAUCUGGGAAGAGACAUGCUUGGAAGGAAACAUGUUCUUCCGUCAGUCCCGACGUUGCUGCAUCAGAUCCAGGUGGAGGGGACCUUUCCCGACGGUGUUUUCCUCGUAACCGUACAUGAGCCAAUAUGCACCGAAUCGGGCAAUCUCAACGAAGCCUUAUAUGGCUCGUUUCUACCUAUUCCGUCGGAUGAUCUUUUCCCUGUUCUCCCUGCAUCGGAGUACGAUGCCAGUAACGCUCCUGGUGCCGUCAUAAUCAAAAAAGAACGUAUUACGAUAAACGCAGGACGGCCGCGCAUCAAGCUCGGGGUGACGAACAAUGGUGACAGGCCUAUCCAAAUCGGCUCUCACUACCAUUUUAUCGAGACCAAUUCAUCGCUCAUAUUCGACCGCGGGAAGGCGUAUGGGAAACGCUUGGAUAUACCCGCCGGUACAGCUGUACGAUUUGAACCGGGAGAUACAAAGACAGUAACCUUGGUUGAGAUAGCUGGUGGCAAGAUAAUUACUGGUGGAAAUUCACUGGCAACUGGUGUCUUUGAUCCUCAGCGAACGAGCCAAAUUGUUGCUUCACUUGUUAAAACGGGAUUUGGAAAUUUGUCAGAUCCUGGAGCCACGGAGAUCUUUGAAGAUACGACAGUAGCCCGAGGAACGUAUGUAUCAAUGUUUGGACCUACUGUUGGAGACAGAGUCCGACUUGGAGACACUUCUCUUUGGGUCGAAGUCGAACAGGACAUGACUGCUUAUGGCGACGAAGUCAAAUUUGGCGGAGGCAAGAGCAUUCGUGAAGGUAUGGGACAAGCAACGAAUCGUCCCUCCUCCGAGACACUUGACCUCGUUAUCACGAAUUGUUUAAUUGUCGACUGGUCCGGAAUUUACAAGGCAGAUGUUGGUAUUAAGCACGGCCGUAUUCUCGGUAUAGGCAAAGCAGGAAAUCCAGACGUCAUGGCAGGAGUUUCCGACAACAUGGUCAUCGGCUCAUCGACAGAAGUUAUUGCAGGCGAGAAGCUUAUACUCACAGCUGGUGCUAUCGACGUGCAUGUACAUUACAUAUGUCCACAACAAGUGCGCGAGGCACUCGCAGCGGGUACAACUACAAUGGUCGGAGGCGGGACGGGCCCAAGCGCAGGAACGUGUGCGACGACAUGUACACCUAGUCCGCGUGACAUGCAAAUAAUGAUUUCGGCGACAGACAGUAUGCCAAUGAACUUCGGCUUUACGGGUAAAGGAAAUGAUGCUGGACCUCAGGCGCUCGAGGAUAUUGUUAAGGCCGGCGCAGCUGGGUUGAAGCUCCAUGAAGACUGGGGAUCAACACCUGCAGUGAUCAAGAAUUGUCUUGACGUUGGUGACAAGUACGACGUGCAGGUUAAUAUCCAUACGGACACUUUGAACGAAAGCGGAUUCGUCGAAAGUACUAUUGCCGCCUUUGGUGGACGAACCAUUCACACGUAUCAUACGGAGGGAGCGGGUGGUGGGCAUGCACCUGAUAUCAUCGUUGUUUGCGGACAAAAUAAUGUCCUCCCUUCUUCUACGAAUCCGACCAGACCUUACACAAAUAAUACCGUCGAAGAGCACAUCGACAUGCUUAUGGUCUGUCAUCACCUUGACAGGUCGAUUCCCGAAGAUAUUGCCUUCGCCGAAUCACGUAUCCGGAAAGAGACAAUAGCGGCUGAAGAUGUGUUGCACGAUAUAGGUGCAAUCUCGAUGAUUUCCUCCGACUCACAAGCUAUGGGCCGCGUCGGCGAGGUUGUGAGUCGAACUUGGCGCACGGCAAGCAAGAUGCGCGAUGUGCUCGGCCCUUUGAAGGAGCUUGGGGACGUAGAGGGAAAAGAUAACGGACGUGUCAAGCGCUAUAUCUCCAAGUAUACUGUAAACCCUGCAAUCACUCAUGGAUUUGAGCAUGUCGUCGGCUCGGUUGCGGUCGGACGCCUUGCAGAUCUAGUACUGUGGAAGCCGGAAAACUUCGGUGCUAAGCCUGAAGUAGUUCUCAAAGCUGGAGUAAUAGCAUGGGCCCAGAUGGGUGAUGCAAACGCUUCAAUCCCAACGAUUCAACCAGUAUAUGGACAGCCUAUGUGGGGCGCUGAGCCCCUAGCAGCUUCUUUGACAUCAGUUGUCUUCGUUUCUCAAGUUUCCAUAGACAACGGCUCAAUCAAGAGUUAUGGAAUUCGCAAGCGCGCAAUACCAGUACGAGGAUGCCGGAAAGUAACAAAGAAAGACAUGAAGUGGAACGAAAAGACUCCGCGCAUGUUUGUUGACCCGGAACAUCACAAUGUUACUGCAGAUGGCCUACUUAUGGACGUCAAGCCAGCGGAGAAGUUACCACUUGGAAAAGUUUAUAAUUUGUUCUGAGGAUUUGACAUGGUGUGUAUGAAUUAGUGUACUUUUAAAUUUGUUACGUUGUCUGUAUGUUACAUUUAACAGAGCCAAUAUAUAUAUUUCUGUUUCAG